CAUUACACGGACGACUUUGGGUGGUGGUCGCUGCAGCGCCGACGAGCGCCGAUGUUGAUCCAGUCGUUUACCAUUACGUAAAAAAAUUCGUAAAUCAUACGGUUUAUUUCAUUCUCUCCGAUCUCGAGUGUUGGACGUGCCCGUGUUACCGCGUAAAAAUGUCGUAAUUACGUAUAACAUUAUAACGUUUAUAUACGUUUCGAUUAGUUUUUUUUUUUUCUAGUCCGAUUUAUACUUCCGUUCAUUGUUUUCUAUUUUCAUACUUACCCGUGCGAUAGUUGCAUAUUGCUGUCUGGAACUGUAUCGUCGCGCAAAACAAAAUAUCGUCGUUCAUAAGACUAACGCGAUGGCGUUGAAAAAAAAUCCAGACGAAAAGAGUUUCAUCCAACAAAGAUAUGUACUCAGCUUUAUGGGUUUCAUGGCGCUGGCUAUUGGCUACAUACAACGGUUUUGCCUGAGCUUAGCGAUCACCGAAAUGGCCGAGCAUGCCCAACACACCACGACUGAACAGACAUUCAGCGAGGGCACAGUAUGCAAAUCCGAUUAUUCAUUUCACAGCAAUCACACUAUGCACAAGAAAUUGGAAUUCGACUGGGACGAAGAGGUCCAGGGAUUGGUGCUGAGCUCGUUCUUUUGGGGAUAUGUGAUCACGCAGUUGCCGGGCGGCAUGUUGGCGGACAAUUACGGAGGCAAAGCCACGUUGGGCCUGGGAAUGCUGUGCAGUAGCAUCGGCACGAUAUUAACGCCAUUUGUGGCCAGGAAUUACGGACCAACGGCGCUGAUUGUCCUGCGGUUGAUCAUCGGACUGGCUCAAGGCCCGUUGUACCCUGCGAUGAGCCGGCUGCUCGCUUCGUGGGUACCUUUGGAGGAACGUGGUCGACUGGGAUCGCUCGUGUUUGCCGGGGCGCAGGUGGGCAACGUCGUUUCCAUGCAGUUCGGUGGUUUUCUCAUGCGGUGGACCAGCAGUUGGGCGAGCGUGUUUUACGCGUUCGGCGUGUUCGGUUUAUUCUGGCUUUUGUUUUGGUUCGUGUUGAUCUAUAACCAUCCGAGCAGGCAUCCGUUCAUCAGCGGCAAGGAGAAAUCGUUCCUGAGCCGCGUGAUACAAACGGUCGAUCCGGACGCCGGCAAACUGUCGAUACCGUGGAGGGAAAUGUUCACAUCGGGACCGGUAUGGGGACUGAUCAUCGUGCAGAUCGGGCACGACUGGGGUUUGUUCACCAUCAUUACCGAUUUGCCCAAAUACAUGAAGUCCGUUUUGAAAUUCUCGGUGGUCGAGAACGGAAUAUGGUCUGGAUUGCCGUACAUAGUGAUGUGGUUGGUAGCGAUGAUUUCCGGUUUCAUUGUUGACUCGAUGGCAAGAUCUACGAUAUUUUCAGUCACGUGUAUCCGUAAAACGUUUGUAACUAUAGCUGGCGUAGGACCAGCGUUAGGAAUUGUUGCAGCUUCUUAUUCCGAAUGCGACAGAAAACUAGCGAUUAUCAGUUUUACGGCCGGUAUGGGACUCAUGGGUACUUUUGUUCCGAGUCUGAAAGUCAACGCCUUAGAUUUGAGUCCUAACUUUGCCGGAACAUUGAUGGCUAUCGUCGGUUCAAUUGGAUGUGUGUCUGGUGUCAUCGCUCCGUACGUCGUCGGAUUAAUGGCUCCAAAUAGUACAAUGGAAGAAUGGCGAAAUGUUUUUUGGCUGUCAGCUAUCAUACUAAUAGGGACUAAUUUGGUGUAUUUAAAAUAUGGUUCGGGAAAGGUGCAACCAUGGAAUGAGAAGGCAAAAAUACAGUACAAAAGCACUGAAAUCAACAACGAAAACAAUGUGGAAUCAAUACUUAAACCAUUGUAAAAUAAUCUUAUAAAAAUCAUGUACAGUUUCAA